GUGGGCUGCUGAGCUUCAGCGCGACGCUGCCACUCCAGACCCGCCUGCAAGAGUUCGAGUGCCGGUUGAUAGACCUGAAGCAGUCUAUGUGCGCGGGCCUCUCGAAGUUCCUGGCAAACGCCAAAUCACUGAGGACGCUAAAGCUCAGUGCACAAUCCCUCUCGGGUAGGGACGGGACACUCAUUUUGGAAGGACUGAGGCGGAACGCGGCGAUUAGGACGCUCUCGCUCAACAUGACUAUAGUGAGCGCGUUGGUGGCUCCAAGCAACGGCGCGUUCACCGACUACCUGAGAGAGAACCGGACGAUGCGCAAGCUGAUCGUGAAGUCGUACUACCCGGACGACUUCGCCGCUCUGCAUCAGGUCCUCCGCGCACUGUUCCGCCCGGCCACCAUCUCCGAGCUCGAGCUCAUUGGCUUUAUGUUGGACGAGGCUAGCAGCCGCCUCGUCGCCGAGCUAAUCGGCGAAAACCGGUCGCUGAGUGGCCUAAGCAUGGUGGACUCCUUCUUUUACGGAGGCGCAGGAACGACCGAAUACAAAGACAAGUGCCUCAGGAUCACUCCCUGGCUAGCAGCCCUCGGCACGAACGGGACGCUGAAGAAGCUGACCAUGGAGUUGGCAUGCUUCAGUCUGGACGAAUGCAGGUCUCUCUUCCAGGCGGUGAAGUCGAACGCAUCUCUGAAGAACAUCACCGUGGACAGCAUCCGGCACGAGGACGUGGCCGGGAUAUGUCGGGCCCUACGGGAGGCAGGGGUGCGGGAACGCUUCCUCUUCGGCAGGCAUCACGUCGUCAGGAGCCCCGCCGUGACGCUGAAAGAGUGCAAGGAGCUGUCCCGGGUCACCAUCGAUUCGAUCGUGCUCUGCCGUCCCGACCAGCUGCGCACAGCCUUGUGCCUGUUGCCUUCGUGCAGCCACGUGACCUCUCUGAUCCUCGCCGUGUGGCAACCGUUGUUUAACCGCGACGUAUGCGCCCUGAUUGCGCAGUACAUUACGGCCACGACGGUGCUGAAGGAACUGAAGUUGACUUUGGCCUCUAUAACCUCGUACCCCGCGGACCGCGUCGAGAGGGCGCUGAUGCAAGCACUGUGUGCCAACGAGAGCUUGCGCCAGCUGUGCAUGACUGGGCUCCGCUUCAACGAGGCCGAGGUUCAGAUGCUGGUGGACAAGUUGCAGGCAAGUCGGACGCUCUGCGAGCUGACGUUCUACCCGGACGACUACGACUCGACCAUCUGGCUGGUGCAAAAGCUGUCGCCGAUCGUCUCGAGGAACUACACGCUCGUCCGCAUAGAGCUGCCCAGGCAUGUGGUGUUGCGCGCCGACUUGUUCAGUGUCGACGACGCCGUGCGACGCAACGCGUCGCUGGUGUCGCGAGCGGCGCACUUCGUGGCCGGAAGGAAGCUGAGAUACUGCGCGGCCGCUCUCGAACAGAUCCACUGGAACCCCGCGUUGGUGGCCAAAGUGCAGGCGCUCGCACGCGUCGACGAAAACGAGGCCGCGUCGCGAAUCAGCAAGAUCGCCAAGACUUUGCCCGAGUUGGACGGCUUCAUGCGCGCAGCGGGUGUGGUCAAGUACAGUGUGGUCUGCCACGCGCGCGACGACGGUCAGAAGCAGUUGGUGGACAUUGAUGGCGACUGCUGGCUUCACAUUCGGCGCUACCUCAAGAUAGACGACGUCGUGGAUUGAAGAGUACAGUGCGGACUUUGCUCGUGUGGCAUAGCUAUGCGCAGUGUGUCCGCUGUUGUAUGAAUUGAAACUCGCUGUUUUCGCGUGCCAAUAUUCAUCAUCUGCCUAUUUGCGCCCACUGCAGGGCAAAGGCCUCUCUUAUGAUCCGCUAAUCAACCCGGUCCAGCGCCUUCCGUCGCCACUUUAUCCCUGCGAACUUUUAAAUCUCAUCUGCCCACCUAACUUGUCUCCCCUUCAUGCUUUUGCCUUCUCUGGGAAUCCAUUUAGUUACCUUUAAAGACCAGCGAUUAUCCUUCCUACGUGCGGGGCCCAUGUUCAUUUGUUCUUGAUUUCAACUAUGAUAUCCUUAACCGCAGUUGGUUCCCUGAACGACUCUGCCCUCUUUUUUUUUCUUAAGGUUACGGGUAUCACUUUGCUUUCAAUCGCUCGCUGCGUCGUCCUCAAUUUAGGCUGAACCCUCUUUGCAAGCCUCUAGGUUUUUGCUCCGUAGGUAUAAGUACGGACAAGAUGCACCCGUUAUGGUACGCCUUCCUCCUGAGGGUUGGCGGCAGAUUACCAUUCAUGAUUUCAUAUUGCGAACUCCUAACUGUGUAUUUAUGCCAUUUUAUGAGUGCUGCUGAAGUAUGGUGAAUAUUCCGCAUUCCUUGCCUAUAUAAAAUAUCAGAUCCUCACUCGUGACUUGAUGUAUAUUGGUAUUCUCAUUAGGAUUUGGACAUUCGAUGUUGCCAAAAUAUUUCAUAUGCAUUGACUGUGUCAUUAAAAACAGUUUCAUAAA